CGUUCUCCUUUCAGAAAUAAUGUGACAAGUUUUACUAUAAUCAAGAAAAAAGGAAAAUUUCACAAAACCUUGGCCAUAGAUGAAGCAACCAAGUCCAUCAAAGAUGGCAACAGUAUUGUAUUUCUAACUGAUCUUCAUCUCACUGCACCUCAUGAUAUUUUUGAGAGUGUCAGAAAACACACUAUUAAAGGAUUGAUGGCUUUUACACCUUUUACGUUUCGUUUAUCACAUUGUUCUCGGCCACCGACHGAACAGUCUCCAAUUGUUAAUGGUCACUGGGAGACCGGAGGUUUUGGGAUAUUCAGUACCUACAAGAGUGACUGGGACAACUUUGGAGGAGUAAAUGUGAAGGAAUACAAACACAAAUGGGGAGGGGAAGACUGGGAAAUGGUAGACAGRGUCUUGGCGAAAGGAAUUGAAAUAGAACUACAAAGGCUACCAAAUUUCUACCAUUUUUACCAUGACAAACAGGGAAUGUGGCAAGAAGCUCGUUAAUCUUAAAAAUAUAUUGGUAGAUAUAUAAGAGACUACACUUAGGUUCAGUAUUUGAUGGUGAGAUUGUGCAGUAUUGACAAAUAUAACUUUCCAUAUUGUUAAGCCACAAAAAAGGAUGGAUUGCCACACUUUAAACUGAACUUUACGAUCUUAGAGCCUUCUACACUUGCUUUGUGGACCAUCGCUUGUGUAAGUGACGUGAUAAAAAUGGCAUAUGAAGUCUAUAACCGGGCAAACGUCCUAGAGAUGUGCCUUCUUCACAAUGAACUUCAUGUAUAUCUCAAUAUCGCUCAUUACUUAAAUAUGUUUUUAAUAUCUGUAUUUAAGAACUUCGAAGUUGUGUACGYGAAUGUAUUCAUUUAGAAACGAUUAAGUUCUUGACUCGCAGCUAGAUUUGAUGGGUAGCGGUUGUUUACCAGGAGGCUUUACGCGUCCCUACGAUCAUUUUGAAUUAUGUUAUACUCACACCAARGAAUUAAUUAAUAAAUUAAAUGACGUGCUACUGAAAAUACUUAACAAAGUCAGGAACACAUAAUGASAAUAAAAACUGAUCCUUACUCUC